GAAAACAUUGCAGUCUGCAGAAGGAAAACUUGAGGGAUCAGGAUUCAUCUGUUGUAAAAAAAAAAAUAAAAAAAACAAACAAAAAAACCCACUAAAGACGACAACGGUCAUGGCUUCAAACUGGAACGACCACGAAAUAGUAGAACCGUCAGUCCGUGCAGAAGGCGAAAUUCAUAGUCGGAUAACCUGUAGUGUUCGUGAUUCUGAAUUCUUCAGCGAAAGACGUUCACAGAAGCAAAUCGCAGGAAGCAGUUCACCGUUCCCAUGCUCGACGUGGAGUGUUUGCUAUCCGCUAAAGUGAAGCUCCGCCAGGAGGGCCUGCUGGACUCACACUUUAAGUCCAACCUGGACCACGUCAUUGAGGCGCUGGAUGCCAUGCCGGCCUCCAAACGCAAGGACGUCUCCUUGCUGGUGGAAGGAGAGCGCCACCUGGUCAAGUUUGUCUCGGGCACCCCCAGCCUCCACUACACCGCCCGGCAGGGUGUCGCUGGCCCCGAGCUGCUCCAGAGAGUUCCGGUGGGCGCCAAGCUGACCUGCGACAGCAUCGCCAACACCCACUUUGCCGGCCACCGGUGCCGCGAUGACUUCGAGAGCUGCAUGGCGCGGGCGCAGCAGGCGGUGGCCGCCAGUGACGGGGGCCUGGCCAACGUGGAGCUGAAGAUUGCGUGCGGCGAGCUGCGGCUCACCUACACCACCCCGCAGCCGCAGGCCACCAUCGAGAUCCGGCCGCAGCGCCGGGUGAACCUGGGCAAGGCGCUGACCCUGCAGAAGGUCCUGGAGGUGAAGAACAGCAUGGAGCAGGCGGGAGCUACGAGCAGAGGCCUGCAGGCCUGCCUCCAGCACCUGCUGACCAACCACAGCCAGUACCAGGGGGAGGACAGCCGCAUCGUGCUCCAGAGUGACGGGGAGAUGGUGGAGCUCAUCAGCGGGAGACACACCUACCACAGCGCCCAGCAUUUCAUCUUCACCGAUGCAGACUACCAAGUUACCAGUCACAAGGUCCAGGAUAUUGACCUGUGGGAUGAUGAAUAAAUGAAUAGAGUAGCAUGACCUUCAUUGUGCGCUCACAGAUCAAGACAAACACUGUUAUAGAGUAACAAAGUUGGAAGCAAGAAGUAUAUACAUCUAGAUAAAGUUUUUGUUGUUAUCUUAUCUAUCCUGUGUUUCCUGUCUCCAGGUUAUUAAUGAAUGAAGACAUUAAAUAUUUAGCUAAAAUGGGCCAAAUCUGGAUUACUGUAGCUAGGAGAUGUGAUUUUUCUCUGAAAGACCCCUCAACACUUAAGCUGUAAAGCUAAAGCUAUAAAGGCCUUCAAUGCAGUGUUUCUAUUUUAUAUGUAUAGAUAUAUAUAUUUUUGUCUUUCAGCUACCUCCUUUUUAAAAAGUGUGUGAUUGUUUUUCAAUGCAAGACUGCUGACAAGCAAUAUACAUACAGACUUGUUUCUGAAUUAAAAACAAAGCCUUACGGUUCAUCUUCAAUUAAAUGUUAUUUUGUCUGCCUUUUAAUCCUCACCCCUUCUGUAACCUCUACAGUGCCCAGUACAAUGGUCUAUAACAUGUCAUAACAGACCCAUCUCAAAGAAAUACCUAUUUUUGCCAGCACUAAGCAGGCCUUUGUUUGUUUUGGCUGACAGUGAUUAGAGAUUAUAAUUAUUUUAGUUUUCAUUUCAUCUACCUGGAAGCAAAAUGGAGAAAGCAGGAAAGCCUGGCCUGGAAAUCCAGACUGGAAAGAUCGAGGGUCUGGCUAUGAAUAAUGAAAAUGCCCCAACUCGAGGGUCGGUACCAAGCAUGCAUUUGAAAAUAUCACUGCACACACUACGACCAAGACUGAUUCCGGACUUCGACGCAAUUGGAUAACUACGACCAAUACUUACUGACUGAUUCUGAACUUCUACGUUGCAGUGCUGUUGUCAUCUGUUAAGCUUGGCCAUAUCA